CCGGAGCUGGCCAGGAUGGCGCAGUGGAACCAGCUGCAGCAGCUCGACACGCGUUACCUGGAGCAGCUCCACCAGCUCUACAGCGACAGCUUUCCCAUGGAGCUCCGGCAGUUCCUGGCCCCAUGGAUUGAGAGCCAGGACUGGGCCUACGCCGCCAGCAAGGAGUCGCACGCCACGCUGGUGUUCCACAACCUGCUGGGGGAGAUCGACCAGCAGUACAGCCGCUUCCUGCAGGAGUCCAACGUCUUGUACCAGCACAACCUGCGGCGCAUCAAGCAGUUCCUGCAGAGCAGAUACCUGGAGAAGCCGAUGGAAAUAGCCCGCAUCGUGGCUCGCUGCCUGUGGGAAGAGUCCCGGCUCCUCCAGACAGCUGCCACCGCAGCCCAGCAAGGGGGACAGGCGACACAUCCAACAGCAGCUGUAGUGACAGAAAAGCAGCAGAUGCUGGAGCAGCAUCUGCAGGAUGUGAGGAAGAGGGUGCAGGAUCUGGAGCAGAAGAUGAAAGUGGUGGAGAAUCUCCAGGAUGACUUUGAUUUUAACUACAAGACUUUGAAAAGCCAAGGAGACAUGCAGGAUCUGAAUGGAAACAAUCAGUCGGUGACCCGGCAGAAAAUGCAGCAGCUGGAACAGAUGCUCACGGCGCUGGAUCAAAUGCGAAGGGGUAUUGUGAGUGAGCUGGCUGGACUGCUAUCAGCCAUGGAGUAUGUGCAGAAGAUGCUGGCGGAUGAGGAACUGGCAGACUGGAAGAGACGGCAGCAGAUCGCCUGCAUUGGUGGCCCACCGAAUAUCUGCUUAGACCGGCUUGAGAACUGGAUAACCUCUCUUGCCGAAUCACAGCUCCAGACCCGGCAACAAAUCAAGAAGUUGGAAGAACUGCAGCAGAAAGUAUCCUACAAGGGCGAUCCAAUCGUCCAACACCGGCCCAUGCUGGAGGAGCGGAUCGUGGAGCUGUUUAGGAAUCUGAUGAAAAGCGCUUUCGUCGUGGAGAGGCAGCCCUGCAUGCCCAUGCACCCCGACCGGCCCCUGGUCAUCAAAACUGGCGUGCAGUUCACCACCAAAGUCAGGUUGUUGGUCAAGUUUCCAGAGCUGAAUUAUCAGCUGAAAAUUAAAGUCUGCAUUGACAAGGACUCUGGGGAUGUUGCAGCACUUCGGGGGUCCCGGAAGUUUAACAUCCUGGGGACAAACACCAAGGUCAUGAACAUGGAGGAGUCGAACAAUGGCAGCCUCUCAGCAGAGUUCAAGCACCUGACCCUGCGGGAGCAGCGGUGCGGUAACGGAGGCAGAGCCAACUGCGACGCCUCGCUGAUAGUCACCGAGGAGCUGCACCUCAUCACCUUUGAGACAGAGGUCUAUCACCAGGGGCUGAAGAUCGACCUGGAGACCCACUCGCUGCCUGUGGUGGUCAUCUCCAACAUCUGCCAGAUGCCCAAUGCCUGGGCGUCCAUCCUGUGGUACAACAUGCUGACCAACAACCCCAAGAACGUGAACUUCUUCACCAAGCCCCCCAUUGGGACCUGGGACCAGGUGGCAGAGGUCCUGAGCUGGCAGUUCUCCUCUACCACGAAGCGUGGCCUCAGCAUCGAGCAGCUGACAACACUGGCAGAAAAACUUCUAGGGCCAGGUGUGAAUUACUCUGGCUGUCAGAUCACCUGGGCCAAGUUCUGCAAGGAGAACAUGGCUGGAAAAGGCUUCUCUUUCUGGGUCUGGCUGGACAACAUCAUUGACUUGGUGAAAAAGUACAUCCUGGCGCUGUGGAAUGAAGGGUACAUAAUGGGGUUCAUCAGCAAGGAGCGGGAGCGAGCCAUCCUGAGCACCAAGCCUCCGGGAACCUUCCUGCUGCGGUUCAGCGAGAGCAGCAAGGAAGGUGGCAUCACCUUCACGUGGGUGGAGAAGGACAUCAGUGGGAAGACCCAGAUCCAGUCUGUGGAGCCUUACACCAAGCAGCAGCUGAACAACAUGUCAUUUGCGGAGAUCAUCAUGGGCUACAAAAUCAUGGAUGCCACCAACAUCCUGGUGUCCCCCCUGGUGUACCUGUACCCAGACAUUCCCAAGGAGGAGGCGUUUGGGAAGUACUGCCGCUCCGAGAGCCAGGAGCACUCUGAAGCUACUGACUCAGGUAGUGCUGCUCCGUAUCUGAAGACCAAGUUCAUCUGUGUCACCCCCACCUCCUUCAGCAACACCAUCGACCUGCCCAUGUCCCCGCGCACCCUGGACUCGCUCAUGCAGUUUGGCAACAGCAGCGAGGGAGCGGAGGCCAAUGCAGGAGGGCAGUUCGAGUCACUGACCUUCGACAUGGAGCUGACCCCGGAGUGUGCUUCUUCACCGAUGUGAGGUGCUCCGCCGGCGCCCGCGGGACUCAGGCUUGCCGCCUCCAAA